AUCUCAGGUUGGAUAGAGUGGGAUGGCGAGAGGAUUGAGUUUGAAAAUGCCCCAUCUUAUUCAGAAAAGAACUGGGGCGGAGGAUUCCCAAGAAAGUGGUUUUGGGUUCAAUGUAAUGUUUUUGAAGGUGAGGGUGCUAGUGGAGAAAUUGCAAUUACAGCUGCUGGUGGAUUGAGGCAAAUUCCUGGGAUAACCGAGACCUUCGAAAAUGCUGCACUGAUUGGAGUUCAUUAUGGUGGAAAAUUUUAUGAAUUUGUGCCAUGGAAUGGUUUUGUUAACUGGGAAGUCACUCCUUGGGGUUAUUGGUUUAUGUCUGCAGACAAUGGCAGUUAUCUGGUUGAAUUAGAAGCAAAAACAGAUGAUCCCGGUACUCCAUUGCGUGCGCCAACAUCAGAAGCAGGCCUUUCACAAGCUUGUAAAGACACAUGUUUCGGAAUUCUUACAUUGAAAAUAUGGGAACGAAGAUAUGAUGGCAGCAAGGGGAAGAUCAUAUUGGACGUUUCAAGUGACAUGGCAGCUCUAGAAGUUGGAGGAGGUCCAUGGUUCAGCACUUGGAAAGGCAAGACGACAAUGCCACCGGUCAUUGGCCCUGCUCUUGGAUUACCCGUAGACCUAGAUGGCAUUUUUAAUGCGGUUCCUCUGUUUAAACCACCUGGUUUGUGAUCAAUUGGUUUAUAUCUUUCUUUCAGUUUGAUUUGAAGUUUGUAUAAACUCUCUCUUAUAGCAUGUUUGGUUUCAUGGGUGGAAUGAUCCAUAAUCACCUCUAGUUAGAAGCCAUAAGUUUUUGUAGUUUGUAAGUAAUCAUAUAUAAAUUAUGUCAA